UUCACUGAGAGAGAGAAACUGACAUUUCCAAUCACACCAUCAAUGUGCUUCACCAUUUCAACGUGACCUGCGCUUUAAUUUGAUUCCUCAUACGAACUUAAUUCUCUCUCGGUUACCGACGCAGAGGAUUGGAAUGGAGUUGAGCAAGGUGACGCUGGAGAUUUUCACUGAGAUGGAGAAAAAGUGGCUGCAGCAACAAUGCGAGAGCCAAAAAACGCGAGUUUUGAGCAUCGAUGGCGGAGGAACAACUGCGGCUGUGGUUUGCGCCGCUUUGGUGCAUCUGGAGCACCAGAUCCAACGAAGAACUGGUAAUUCCGACGCCCGAAUCGCUGAUGUUUUUGAUAUUGUUGCUGGUACUGGAAUUGGCGCUCUCGUUGCCGCGUUGCUCGUCGCGGAUAAUGGCUCCGGUCGUCCGCUUUCCUCUGCCAGAGGUGCCGCUGAAUUUGUGGAAGCGAGACAGGCGGAGCUAUUCAAAGUCAAAAAGUUUGGAAUAUAUCGCCGGCGAUCGAGGUUUUCUGGAAGGAGCAUGGAUAGAGUGUUGAAGGAGGCGUUCCGGCGUGAUGAUGGUGAGGAUAUAACUCUCUGCGACACAUGUAAGCCUCUCCUUAUCCCCUGCUUCGACUUGAACAGCUCGGCGCCGUUUGUUUUCUCUCGAGCCGACGCCUCAGAUUCCCCGAGCUUUAAUUUCGAGCUCUGGAAAGUGAUCCGCGCAACAUCAGCGACGCCUUCGAUGUUCAAGCCGUAUAAGCUCUCUUCCGUCGACGGUAAAACCUCUUGCCUGGCGGUCGACGGCGGUCUCGUGAUGAAUAACCCCACGGCAGCGGCGGUUACCCACGUUUUGCACAACAAGCGUGAUUUUCCGUCGGUAACUGGAGUAGACGAUCUGCUUGUCCUCUCUAUAGGUAACGGCUCGUCAAUUAGUCCAUCAACGACGAAGCUCUAUCGCAGCGGCGACUGCUCCACAGCUUCAGUCGUCGGCAUUGUCCUCGACGGAAUCUCCGAAACCGUCGAUCAAAUGCUAGGCAACGCUUUCCGCUGGAAUCCUCAAAAUUACAUCAGAAUUCAGGCCAACGGCGCCGGGAACUCCGCGAGUGAGGUGUUGACGGAGAGAGGAGUUGAAUCGUUGCCAUUUGGCGGGAAGCGAUUGGUGAAGGAGACCAACGGAAAAAGGAUCGAGGCGCUCGUGCACCGCCUGUACUUGAGCAACAGCCUGCCGCAGAGUCCUUGUGAAGUAACGGACGUUACACCCCUCAUUAACGGCCGUUAGCACGUGUCCGUACAGAAUUGUAUGCAUCCAUGCAGCAAUGUCGUACCCAGCAGAGGGUGACCAUACAUACAAAGAAUUUAGGGCACUGUAUUGUACACAUAGAUUCAUUUCUAUGACUUUAAAUACCUAU